AUGGCGCCCAAUACCGGGUGUCCUAAAGACCACUGGUCAGCCGAAGCAUAUUCAGCCUCUGCAUCUUUCGUGCACUCCGCGAAAAUCACCGGAAAACUCCUCACCUCUCUGGACCCCAAGCCAACAGACAAAGUCCUUGAUGUCGGUUGUGGCGAUGGAAAGUUCACGGCGAACUUCCUCCCGGCCAUAGAAUCCGUCUUGGGCAUUGACUCCUCUGCGUCAAUGAUCGAGUCUGCCAACAAAGACUACGCAAGUCCUCAGGCUAGCUUCCGCGUUGUGGAUUGUCGGUACCUGGAGAAAGAAACCUCCAUUGUGAAUGGAUCAUGGGAUAAAGUAAUCUCCAACGCAGCCCUCCACUGGAUUUUACGCGAUGAGUCGACGCGCAUGUCGACACUUCGCGCGAUCCACGGCUGUCUGAAGCCGGGCGGCACAUAUGUGUUUGAGAUGGGCGGACAUGGCAACGUUGCCGAGGUUAAGACGGCCCUUCUCUACACACUGGUGCAGCAGGGUAUCACUAUCGAACAGGCGAGAGAGACAAGCCCUUGGUUCUUCCCAUCUGAUACCUGGAUGAGAAAUGCUCUCGAGGAGAUUGGGUUCAAGGUUGAAAACGUCGAGCUCGAGUACCGCCCAACAAAGCUCACCACUGACGCCAAAGGCGGCUUGGAGGGAUGGGUUAGACUGAUGGGAGCCCAGUUCUUGGAGGUGCUUCCUGAGGAAAAGCGGGAUGCUGCAGUGCGGCAGGUUUGCGAUGUGCUCCAGGACGUGGUUACUCGUGGUGAAGAUGGGAGCCAGUGGCUGGGAUAUGUGCGACUGAGAGGUAUUGCGAAGAAGAUAUAA